AGGAGGAAUAUCAGACCCAAACAGGGGAUUAUAAAUUAUUUGAAGACACUGAGUCAGAACCAUCAGUAGUAACAGAUUCUGAGCUUAUUCAAUUUAAUCUUUCAGAAACUGACGUGGAUCGUAUGUCAGAGGAAGAAACUGCAAGCCAAGCAGCAGAAGAGGACUUAAUAACCUUAGAAGAAGAUAUUGGUGAACAGCCAGAAAUAACUCCUUAUUUCAUUAAUAGUGAAUCUAACGAUACUUCGGGAAAAGAAAGUAGUAACAUAAUUCAAGGAAAAGAGUCAACGGAAAGUGACCAGAAAAAGGAUAGUACAGAAAACCAAGAAACAAAGGAGGAGGACAAAGAUACAAACUCAAAGGAGGACAACGAGACAAAUUCUACAAUUUCAGACGAAGAUUAUAACGAAAUAACCCAAAAGCCUAUAUCAUCCUAUUAUAUUGAUUCGGAGCAAGAAUCAGAUACAGAAAGAUUUGCCCCACCUUCACCAUUGCAAGGGAAAUCAAAGGAAGAAAAGGAAAUUCAGCUAUCUGGUAUAAAUAAUUUGAGAAUUAUGACAACAACAAUAAACCUAAACCCAACAAUAAAAGAAAUUCUUACUGAAACCCCCUCUGCGGAAAUAAGACCCACCAGAGGAAGUGUCAGGGAAAAAAUAGAAAAAGCACUGGGAGAACAUGACUGCUGGUCUGGGGAAAAUUUACCAAGUGUCAAACUUGCGACAAGUGUGAGCACGAAGGGUGCACAAAGGAAACAUAUAAUCAAUAUAGAUGGUGUGGGGACUAUGGGGUGUGGAAAUAAGUCUGAAAAUACUAGAGGACUUUGUCGGGAUUGUCAGGAAAAAGCAGAUAAAAUGUGCGACACUCCAAGAUGUUAUCAACCUAGAUGUAAGGCCUCGGAUUUGUAUUGUCAAGGAUGCUGGGAAAAGAAUACAAAGGGGAAUACCACUAAAUCAACUACAAAAGGAAUCGGUCCAAAUACUACAACCGGAUCAGGAAGUAGCAAAGGGCCAUCAACUAAGUGCCUAUUAAAUGCAUGCAUAAAAAGGGUCAGUGUAUAUGGAGAAAAAUGCUUUGACCAUAAGUAUUGUGAACAUGGAGGAUGUGCGGAAGAAGCACCAUUCAUAUUCCG